CGAGCGAUACAAAGGCCAGUGUGUUAACGGAGUCCCACGUGGCAUGAUCUGUGGCAGAUUCUCUGCCGACGGACGAACCACAAAAAAGCCCACAAAAAGACAACAACCUUUCCUCUCGCUCUCGAUCUCUCACACUCAGUUUAUGGCCCAAUCAAUGUGGUUCCCGAAACUCCUUCCCGUGACAGAACGCUCGCUCCUUCGUCCAUUCCUCCACCACACCACCAACCCACUUCUCCACUCCUCCACCACAAGCCUCCGCCAAUCAAACCUCCUCCCUCGCCGCGUUUCCACCGCCGCCGUUUCGCCAAUGGAGUCCAUCAGCGUUCUCAUGACCUGCCCGCCGGUCCACCCAUACCUAGUAGAAGCCCUGGAGAAGCGAUUCACCCUCCACAAGCUCGACUCUGUACCCGACAAGCCCCAGUUCUUGAGUUCCCACAGAGACUCCAUCCGCGCCGUCGUCGGGAACGCCGCUGCCGGAGCCGACGCCGAGCUGAUCGACCAAUUGCCCAAGCUGGAGAUCGUGUCGAGUUACAGCGUUGGGCUGGACAAGAUUGAUUUGGCCAAAUGUAAGGAGAAGGGGAUUAGGGUGACUAAUACGCCCGACGUUCUGACCGAUGAUGUCGCCGAUUUGGCCCUGGGACUUAUGUUGGCUGUGUUGAGGAGGCUGUGUGAGAGCGAUCGGUAUGUUAGGAGUGGGUUGUGGAAGAAGGGCGACUACAAGUUGACUACCAAGUUCAGUGGCAAGACAGUGGGGAUUAUUGGCUUAGGCAGGAUAGGAAUGGCAAUUGCGCAGAGAGCAGAAGCAUUCAGCUGCCCUAUCAGCUACUUCUCCAGAUCACAGAAACCUGGCAUCAACUACAAAUACCACCCUUCUGUCGUCGACCUGGCAGCCAACUGUGACAUCCUAGUCGUCGCCUGCGCCCUGACCCCCGAGACCCGCCACAUCAUUAACCGUGAAGUCAUCGAUGCCCUGGGUCCCAAGGGAGUCCUCAUCAACAUUGGCCGUGGCCCACAUGUCGACGAGGCCGAGCUGGUGUCUGCUUUGGUCGAAGGCCGGUUGGGCGGAGCUGGUCUGGACGUGUUUCAAGACGAGCCGAAUGUGCCAGAAGAGCUAUUCAAGCUCGAGAACGUGGUGCUAUUGCCACACGUGGGGAGUGGCACGGUGGAGACCAGGCAGGCCAUGGCUGACCUUGUUGUUGGUAACUUGGAAGCUCAUUUCCUCAACAAACCGCUCUUGACUCCAGUGGUUUGAUUCUUUCUUAUUUGGGUUCAGAAAUUGGGGGUAAAUUUUGUUGAGCUGUGAAAGCAGUUUCAUAUUGGGUCGAUGUAUUCAUAAAGCUCAGUUUCAAGUAGUUGAUUCUGCAGCAUCUUUGUUUAGCUAGGUUGAUUUUAUUGUCUAGUAUUGUUAGCGUCUUUGAAUGUCAACUCUCUCCCUUCUAGUCGGAGCAAUGCUCAGUUGUUGGAUCAUUAAGACGGAAACUUUUUUUUCUCUUUUAAUGAGUUAGUUCCCCCUAAGCUUCUUCUCCGUUUUCUCCUUCUCUCGGGUGAUGACUACUCUAAUUAAAAUGAAGUAGCUAGAGUUAAAAUCUGACUUAAGAUAGAUUGAGAUGGGGAAAUUUUGAGUGAAGAUGGAAAAUUUGAAUAUGAUAUGUAUGAAGAUCAAAUGAAGUAAGGUGGACAUC